GAGAAGGGGAAAGUGCAGAAGUGCGCUCAGAUCAGACGCUUUGGAGGAGCAGCUCGGAGUUCAUUAUUUUGACUGGUUAAACUCCGUGAAAGGGAAAGCUGCAACUUUUCUGCAGAAUUUAAUUUAUUCUCUUUUUCUUUAGGUAUUUGUGAGUUUAAUGUGUGUGAUGUUUACAAAAGACGCAUCAGGAACUCACGGCUGGUUUAUCUGAGUUCUGAUCUCUUGACUUGAGGAAAAAUCUUUUUUUCUUUUUCUUCCACUUCAACACAGAUUGUUAAAUACUUUCUUUCGUGAAUGGGAAUUUGUUUUCCAUCGCUCGGAUGAAAAGGCACGUGUGAAGUUGAUUGACAAGAAAACAGUCCCUCCAACCUGCAGACAGGUACUGUGUGUGUGUGUGUGUGUGUGUGUGUGUGUGUGUGUGUGUGUGUGUGUGUGUGUGUGUGUGUGUGUGUGUGUGUGUGUGUGGUGUGUGUGUGUGUGUGUGUGCGUGUGCAUGCGUGCGUGUGUGUGCGCAUGUGUGUGUUGGCCAGCUCUCAUGGUCGCAGCUAGAGGCCCUCACCUGUGAGAGGAUCGAAGCGCCUCACCAUGACAGAGGUCCAGGUUCCAUGGCCGCAGGGCACCGAGUGCAUAGCCAGGUACACCUUUAAAGGCACGUCUGAGCAGGACCUGCCCUUCAACAAAGGAGAUGUGUUGACUAUCAUUGUUGUCACAAAGGAUCCAAAUUGGUACAAAGCUAAAAACACUGCAGGCCGUGAGGGAACUAUUCCAGCAAACUACGUCCAGAAAAGGGAAGGUGUGAAAUCUGGAGGCAAGCUGAGUUUAAUGCCAUGGUUUCAUGGGAAGAUCACCCGGGAUCAAGCCGAGCGUUUGCUCAACCCUCCUGAGACGGGCCUGUUCUUGGUUCGAGAGAGCACCAACUUCCCGGGUGACUACACUCUGUGUGUGAGCUGCGAGGGAAAGGUGGAGCACUACCGCAUCAUCUACGCCAAGGGCAAGCUCACCAUCGACGAGGAGGGCUAUUUUGAGAACCUCAUGCAGCUCGUGGAGCACUACAGCAAAGAUGCAGACGGCCUGUGCACCAGACUAAUCAAGCCUAAGGUGGAGGAAGGAACGGUGGCCGCUCAGGAUGAGUUUUCCAGGAGUGGCUGGUCGCUCAACAGGAAAGACCUCAAGCUGGACCAAGUUAUUGGAAAAGGAGAGUUUGGAGAUGUCAUGGUGGGAGACUACAGAGGGACUAAAGUGGCUGUGAAAUGCAUAAAGAACGAUGCUACAGCGCAGGCUUUUAUUGCAGAGGCUUCCGUCAUGACGCAACUACGGCACGAUAACCUGGUCCAGCUGCUCGGAGUGAUCGUCGAGGAGAACGGCAGUCUGUAUAUAGUUACUGAGUUUAUGGCCAAGGGCUGUUUGGUUGACUACUUACGUUCCAGAGGGCGGACGGUGAUCGAUGGAGACGCUCUCCUGCAUUUUGCGUUAAAUGUCUGUGAAGCGAUGGCCUAUCUGGAGGCCAAUAACUUUGUGCACCGAGACUUGGCAGCGCGAAACGUUCUGGUGUCAGACGACAGCAUCGCCAAAGUCAGUGACUUCGGUUUGACCAAGGAGGCGUCGUCCACUCAAGACGCCGCUAAGCUGCCCGUGAAGUGGACCUCACCAGAGGCCCUCAGAGAAAAGAGGUUUUCCACCAAAUCAGACGUUUGGAGCUACGGUAUUUUGCUGUGGGAGCUUUACUCUUUUGGCCGAGUUCCUUACCCAAAAAUUCCAUUAAAAGAAGUGGUGCCUCGGGUGGAGAACGGGUACAAGAUGGGCUGUCCAGACGGCUGUCCUGACGUCGUUUAUAACCUGAUGACCGAGUGCUGGAACCUCGAUCCUGGCGUUCGACCGAGCUUUCACAAGCUGAAGGAGCGGCUACAGGAUAUCAGCCAAGGGAUUGGAAAAAGACAUUGAGAAACCUGACACAGCAUUUUACUCCCCACUCAUUUUGACCACUUGAACAGUAAUCUCAGACUGCAUAAUCCAGCAUAUUUUAGUAACAGUGUCAAAAAUGCACCUGUCUUAAUAACAAGCUUCACAUCAGGUUGUUCAAACUGCAGAAAUAAUCUCAGUUGAGUCAGAACAUCACGGUUCAUUGUGUCUUCCUAAUUGUCACAUGGUUAAAACACAGCGCUGCCUCAGAGCCACAGUGCCUUGCCUCUUUGUGUCCUUUACAUUCAUAUAGAUCGUCACGUUGGUGUGGUUCUCAUCCAGAAUUUCCAGAGCAGCAACAUCAUUAAACUCACUCGACUGAAUCUGUUCAAGGAAAAAAUAUGCUUUGAAAAUUAAAGUACAAUUUUGAUACAGGAGUACAAGCUGUAAAUAUUUUUAGAGUUCCAGGUACAAAGUCUUGCACGAAUGUUGGAUUAUUUUGUUCGAUUAAAUUUAGAAAAAAAAGAAAAGGAAAAAAAAAACUUUUAAUAAUGCAGCUUUUUAUUUUUACUGUGUUGAAGAAAAUAUGUCAUGCCUAAUGUUUGGUCUCUCUGUAAAAUGUGAGGCCAAGUCGAUAACGGAUUUAUUAUGCAAAUCUUUGGAUUGUAUGAAAAAGUCUAACUUUUCUAUGCAAGGGAACAACAGAAUGUUAAUAAAUGUCCUGUGCUGCCUUUUUCAAGAAUAAAACAAUUUUGUUGAAA